UGGGGGUGGUGGUGGUGAUGGGGGGUGGAAACACAAUAAGCUGACUAACCGAGGGGCAGGAGAGGAAAAGUAUCUGGGAGACGGACAGGUGUCGCGGAAGUUUACACUUGCAGAGGCGCAUCCCCUCCGCGUCUUUCUCUCAUUAUCUGGAAUAACGUGAAAGAGACUGUGACUGGCGGUCAUUCGGCUCCCACUGAUCCUGUGGUUGUCCCAGCCUCGGCCCCCAGAGCAGCGGUUCCUGUGCCUCUCCACCUCCUCUUUGACUAGCAGCAGCAGCAGCUCGGUGUGGCGAGGGCAGGAACAAUGGGCCGAAAGCUGGACCUGUCAGGCCUGACGGACGGUGAGGCUGAGCACGUCUUGAAGGUGGUCCAGCGGGACAUGAAACUGCGAAAAAAGGAGGAGGAGAGGCUGAGCGACAUGAAGCAGGAGCUGGCGGAGGAAGGCAGCAGAUGCUCCAUCCUCUCCAAGCAGCACCGUUUCAACGAGCACUGCUGCAUCCGCUGCUGCGCGCCCUUCACCUUCCUGCUCAACCCCAAGCGCCAGUGCCUGGACUGCCAGUACAACGUCUGCAAGACCUGCUGCACCUACAGCAAGAGGGACAAAGCGUGGCUCUGCUCAGCGUGCCAGAAGGGCAGGAUUUUGAAGACGCAGUCGCUCGAAUGGUAUUACAAUAAUGUGAAGAGUCGCUUCAAGAGGUUCGGCAGCGCCAAGGUUUUGAAGACUCUGUACAGAAAGCACAUCAUCGAGAGAGGAACGUUCUCUGAUCUCCCAGAAAGCAGCGUUCACGAGGGAAGCAACGACAACGAUGGCAGCGUCUGCGGCAGUGACUCCGCCUUCUACAAGCAGAGCGAAGGGCACAGUAUGGCAGAGACUCUCACAGUCGCCCUGCGUGUUGCUGAGGAGGCUAUAGAGGAGGCCAUUGCUAAGGCAGAGGAGUUCAGUGACAGCUUGGAGAAACAGAAUGAGGCUCGAUAUCUGCGGGACCACAAAGAGGAGCUCAUAGAAGAACUCGCCACAACCAUUGUACAAAAAAUCAUCCAGAGAAGGAAGCGUUCAGAGAUGCAGACAGAGUAUGACUUUGUCUGGCCUCAGUCUCAGUCUCUGAUCCAGCCCAGUGAACUGCCCUCUCCUUCUCAGCCUCACACUUCAUCACAAGGACCACAAGACCCGCUCAAAACCUCCUACUCUCUCUAUCGGUUGCGGUCAGCGUUCUCUCUCACCAGUGACGACUCCCCAGAGAAGGGUCCAGAGGAGGAGGUGGCUGAGGCCGGUGGCGGCAACGACGGCUUGCAGGAAUACACUUCUCUGAAGAGGGAGCCUAAGGCGGCCACAUCUUUACCCACCUGGAAGAGCAUGGAUCGCCUGGAUAACUCGAGUGCCUCUUCAGUGCUCCAGAGUCCAGACGGCAACUGGAUUGCUCUGCACAGUUCCCAGCUGUCUCGGCCCAGCCUGCUCACCAAGAGGAAGAGCCUGUUGUUCAGCGUGCUGGAAAAGGAGUCCGGCGUUGUCUCCGCUUACGACGAGAUGGGAUCUGACUCAGAGGAGGACGAUGAAGGUGGCUGGGGUGCAGCGCUGAGACAGUUUCGCCGCAAACUGUCAGAUGAGACUUACUACACAGACUCGCAGCACGACCCCGAGUGGAUUUACACUCAGCAUCUCCCCGUCACCUCACCAUCCUCGGGGCAGUACACCAACACAGAGACUCUCAACUCGGACUCCGAGGCCUCGUCAGUGCUCUCUGCGUGUCCCCGUAAACCACCCCACAAUCUAAUGAGGAAGAAAGGACCACCGGAUACGCACCUUCACCCUCAUCACCAGCCGCUGCAUCACCAACACCUUCAGCAGAACUUUUCUCCAUACCCAGUCCAAUCAGAGUCAUUGGAUGUGAACUUUAACCCUAAGGUGAUGGGAGACAGCAGCGAGGCAGAGGAGAGGCAAAGCGAUCCUGUCAGAAGAUCACGGCGACGCAGGAAGAGUAAGAGGGAGUCAUCAUCAGAGCAAAACAGGACUGGAGGCCAGAGCCAUCCACAGUCAAUCUACCCCUUAGUGCAGGAAAACAGUGGUAUUCUACUCCACGCCCUGCUGAAGAGGGGAUUAAGUGAAGAACAGCCAAAAUCUGACACUAUACCAGUGGCCACAGCUGCACCAGACGCCUUCAAAUUAGAUGCUAUGACAACCGAGCCAGAGGACCUGGACACAGUGGCGCCAAAUUCACCGGUCCCCAGCCCUUCUCAGCCCACCUCCUUGACCCUGGGGCAAGAGCUCUCAUCCAGCAGCUCAGGGCCUGGAUCCACAACCAGAGAUCCUCUAGAAGGGGAGCUGCAGUCUAGACUUGGUCAGCUGGUCAUCAGUGCCAACAGCAAAGACAGCAGCUCAUCUGAGGAGGAGUGCACAAACUGGCCUGCAGACAGGCAGACGGAUAAAGAAAGUGACAGACAGAGAGAGAAACUGAAGCCAAAGGAAAGAGAGCGAGAGAGGCAGCGAGUGAGUGACAAAUCAAGAGAGAGAGCAAGCGAAGCAGUGGAACAAGUGAACGGACAAGAGAUUAAAAGAAGUGAGAAGCUGAUAAAGAGUCCCUCAGUGAGAGAAGACGGCAGAAGUCGGGAGAGGAGGUUUGAGAAGGCAUGCGAGAGUUUAGAUAUGAAAGUGGAAGACCAGGAACAAAAGAGAGGAGACAAAAGAGAGCCCAACAGGCAGAGUAAGAGACCACAUAAACGAGAUGCGGAGAAGGAAGCGGGACAGAAAGGGGGAGCGAGGAGGAGCGGAUCCAGUGCAAGUUCACCUGCUGUUACCCCUUCGUCCCACGAGGGGGCGCUGUCAAACAACCAGGUGGGACAGAAUGACUUGGAGCAACAUCAGAGGCUUCAGUUGCUCUCCUCUGUCUUACAGCAGAAGUGCUCGGCGGCUUCGCUCUGCAGCAUCACCACGGAGGUGCUAAAGGUUUUGAAUGCUACUGAGGACCUGAUUGGUGAGGCAGGAGGUGAGAGCUACACCCCUUCUGAGUCUAUGAGUGCUUCUCCCAUAUCCAGCAGCUCUGAGACCCGCAGGUUGGACCAGAGGCUUACCAAAAUGGAGGAGAAUGUUUAUCUUGCUGCUGGUGCGGUGUAUGGCCUUGAGGGAGCACUGGGAGACCUAGAGCACUGCGCCCGCAGUAUUAGCAGUGGGACAACAGACCAAGAGCUGGCCUUCCUGGAAGAUCAAGUGGCUACUGCGGCUGCUCAAGUCCAGCAGUCUGAACUGCAGAUAUCAAACAUUGAGGCAAGAAUAUCAGCUCUGAAAACGGCUGGGUUGAACGUGACUGUCUGCAAUCGCUUCUCCAAGCUCAAGCCAAAGUCUAAGCCUCAAACCCUGGACUCAUCACGCCAUCAGAGGAGGAAGCUUCCAGCGCCUCCACUAAAAGAGAAGUUGGAGCCAGAGCAGCAGGUUAAAGUAUUUCGGCCAUAGUGACAGUCAACAGCACAAUGAGUCCCUCAGGGCUAUUUUCAAGCCCCGGGGACAGGGGCCCUUCACAUCCAGUGCCUUGACCCAGCAUCUGCCUCUAGCUCCAGGCCAAGCAGGGGCCACCACCUGCCCUGUGUAACCCAACUCAGCACUCACUCCUCACACAAGCUCAGUACCCAUCAAUUAAAGAGAUCAAAGAAGACAUCGCUGGAUCUUUCUCUUUUACCAAGAUCUAUUUCAUGCUGUUUUUCCUUCUUAUUGCACACACAUAGACUCACACACACACAGAAAUAUGUUACUCAGCAGUCGGUUUCUCUGCCUUAAGAUCUGCAAACACUCCUCAUAAACCGACUUAAAAGAAUAUAUAUGUACAGACAAAGUAAAACUCAGUUUUCUAUCUGUUUGCAAGAGUGUUGUGAAUUAAUGUGCAAUGAAGCUGUGGAAAAAUCAUAAGAAAAUUUGUGUGAUUCAGUGUCCCGAAAAGAGGCUGAGCCAUGUUUUAUACUGCAUCGUCUUUGUCACCAUGAACCAAGAAAUGUUACGGGGGAUUUAUUCAAACUGUUUUGUUUUUUGAUGAUUGUCAAUAUCCACCCGCAUAUAGCUAUCAGAUGGUAAUCACCAAAUGGGGAUGAUUGUAACCUUCAAUAUUUUAAUGAUUUAUACAAAUCACAAGCAAACCAGAAAAGAGUUAGAAAAAAGAGCUGUUUAGAUGUUCAAAGUAACACGUCACAAGUGUUUUUGUUUUGUUUGGGGGUUUGUCUGUUGCACCAUGUGCUCGAUGACCAUAAAGGAAUAGUAAGCACAUUGAGAAACUGUAGCUGAGAAGAAACUAAGCUAGUUAAAAGGCCAGGUCAACAUGUUGGAAAUAUAAUCAUUUAAUUUCUUUCUGUGACCUAAGUAAUUUAGUCCAGCCACUGUCAAGACAAACUGUCAAACUUGUAUGAAGAAAAAAGGAGAGGUAAAAUUAAGAAAUGGGCAGCUAAUGAUAAUCCGAAACCGAAGGGAGCUGGACAGAACCAAGCUCGCUGCUUCCUGCUUUUUCAGUCUCUUAGCUAAGCUAAGCUAAGCAUCAAUUUGCCACGCUGACAUUUCACUGGUGAGGAGUGCGUAAAUGUAUUUAGGAAAGAAAAAGCUGAUUUGUAGAUACAUUCACAUAUAUUCCAGUAAUUGGAAGUUGUGGGUUACAACAUUUAAAUAGAUCAAAAUUAAAAAACAGAUCUGCAUGGAGCAUCCAUCUGAUAUUCAAGUUGGGUCUGAAAAUCCUCCUCCAUGUAUGUAGUUUCUCCAACGCAAAGCCAUUCUUCUUCCUCCCUGUCAUUCUCUCUUGUUUACUUUAAAACUUUGUGGCCUUUUAUUUAAGGAGAAAAAAAAGAGUAUUUUCAUGUUUUCCCUUUGCCGGGGUCACGUCUGAUCUUUUGUGUUGCAUUCAAAAAUUCUUGUAAAGAUUUUUACAUAACGAAGUCUGACGGGCUAUAUAACAAAUGCCAUGAAACCAUGAUUUUGUUACGAGCAAUUUAUUUUUGUACUGAACGUUUUUAUGCAAUACCACUGAAAUAAGUACUAUUGCAAAUUAAAGGCUUUAUUCUCUCCUCAAAGGAACCCACCUCAGUCAGUCCUACCAGACUCUCUUAUGUGUGAUGACUCAAAUUGCUUUCAGUGUAAGCUUGCAUUUACCAUUCGAUGUUCUGCCAGUAAUGACAAUGGUAAAUGCUUCGAAAACACAGGUGAUGAGAGGCACACUUGUAGUCCUUAAACACGAGAAUACUGCCUUUCAGUUUUGGGACAUUUUGUGUUAGCCAUGCAUACGGUUAUCAGAGUUCUUGCUUUGGCUCCAGCUUAAUAAGAGCAGGUUUGGAUUCUCUGAUAGUGUUUGAAAGGUGUGAUGAUCUUCUGUAUGAAUGCUCUGCCCCUUCUAUUAGUGACCUUUUCAUCCCCAGCCUUUCGCAUCUUGGGUUUGCACAUUGAUCUUGUAUUUUUGUCAAUCUUGUUCUCCAGAGGUGUUGAUGUAAAAAAGAGCAUGUUUCUGGCUUUAUCAAACUGAUGAAAAAUGUCUCUCUAAGAAGCACAGCCACAAGGGUCCAAUCAUCAGUGUCCUGUAUUUUUCUAAUGUAAAAAAAUAAUAAAAAAAAUAACAAUAUCUCAUUGCAGAAUUUGUUAAUAUAUGUAUAUGUGUGAAAAACAUGGAUAUGAUAUGAUAAUGUGUUUAUUGCCCAAUCAUAGUUGACAAAUCGUUCAGUGUUGUGCAAGAGACUGUGUAUAAUUGUCAUGACUUGUGAGGCUGGAUUUGCACAGGACGUCUCGUUGGCUGUUGGAACAGUGUCGCGGAUACUGAGAAGUGAUGAGAUUCUCCCAGAGCUAAAAACAAAUGUUGCUCUUGUUCCUGUUUAAAUCCAGUGUGAACGACUAUGAAGAGGUUCACUGUGCACAGCUCCACAGGCGGGCCAUUCACUUUUAUGUGCAAUUGUUUGUUGCAAUCCAUACGAUAUGUUGGGGAAAUUAUUAACAAGCAAAAAAAAAAAGGAAAAAAAAAUGCAGAUUCUCUAUGUGCCACAGUACU